AUGGGGUCGGACGAUAUCCACGAGGAGGAGAAGGACAUGGUGUCUUCGGUCCGAUCGCCUCAUCAGCGGCGGCUGAGCCCGUUCGUCAUCGCAAGCCGCCCGGAGGAGAAACAGCUGGGGAUUUCGACCCGCCGGCUGAACGUCAAUGACUUCUCGCUGCUGAAGACACUGGGUACAGGUACUUUUGCCCGAGUAUGGUUGGUGAGGUUGAAGGAUGAGAAGCAGCGACGGGACCGAGUUUAUGCGCUCAAGAUGCUACGGAAGGCCGAUGUGAUCAAACUGAAGCAAGUCGAGCAUGUGCGUAACGAGCGACGGACCCUGUCGGAUGUAUCCGGCCACCCUUUCAUCACGACAUUAAUCGCAUCCUUUUCCGAUGACCAAAAUCUAUAUAUGCUGCUGGACUAUUGCCCUGGUGGUGAAAUAUUCAGUUACCUACGGCGUGCGCGUCGCUUCAACGAGACCACGUCCAAAUUCUACGCGGCGGAGAUAGCCUUGACGAUUGAAUUCCUGCACGAUGUGGAGGGGGUUGUUUACAGAGACCUCAAGCCCGAGAACAUUCUCUUGGACGCGGAAGGACACAUCAAGCUCGUCGAUUUUGGCUUCGCCAAACAGGUUGGCGACCGCGAGACGUAUACGCUGUGCGGUACUCCGGAGUACCUUGCACCGGAAGUCAUCCAUAACAGCGGCCACGGCCUUGCCGUGGAUUGGUGGGCUCUGGGUAUCCUUAUAUACGAAUUCCUCGUGGGACAGCCACCGUUCUGGGACCAGAACCCAAUGCGUAUCUAUGAACAGAUUGUCGAGGGUCACAUUCGGUUUCCCCAGAACGUGUCGCCCGCGGCCCAGAACAUUAUAUCCUUGCUUUGCAAGACCAAUCCCACGGAGCGAUUGGGAUAUAUAUCGGGAGGCUCGGCUCGGGUGAAGACUCAUCCGUUUUUCGAAGACAUAAACUGGGACGAUCUGUUCUACCGCCGAAUGAAGGGGCCCAUUAUCCCGAGAGUCGACCACCCCGCCGACACCGGGAACUUUGAAGAGUAUCCCGAUCCGGAUCUUAGGAACCGGACUGUCUAUACCGAGGACAUGAGGGAGAAGUACGAGGCGCUCUUUACCGAUUUCUGA